GUAAAAUAAAAAAAUAAAUAAAUAAAAAAUAAAUGAAAAAUAAGAAGUGAACUUGAAAAUUGUUUUUUUUUUUUAUUAAUUUUGAAAUAAAUUUCAUAAAAAUUGAAAACACAUAUUGAAAAAUAUUGAAGAGGACAUUGGAGAGGAAAUUGAAAAUUGCAGAGGUCGCAAACAUAAAAACCCAUUAAAUUCAAGAAGGCAUUUAGUGUGGCGAAUGCCAAUAUCACUUUUAAAUUAUUUCUUAAACAGAAAUGAUUUCAAAUGUGGUAUUACAACAAAUAUGUAUAGCAAUUAUUUUAUUAGGAGCUUUUCCAAAAAUUUCAUAUGCUUCAAAUGGUUAUCGUGUGCCAACUUUCAUACAAGAACCACCAACACGUUUAUUAUUUAGCAAUGAUAGCGGAACACAAGUAUCAUGUUCAGCCCAUGGAAAUCCUCCACCAAUUGUUACUUGGAUAAUGAAGGAUGGUGCUCUAGCUACACCAGUGCCUGGUCUGAGACAAACACCCGGAAACGGAACGUUAUAUUUUCCACCAUUUCUUGCUCAAUAUUUUCGUGCGGAUGUACAUGAAGCAACAUACAGAUGCAAAGCUAGUAAUGAAGCUGGAACAAUUUUAAGUAGAAAUGUUAGAGUUCAAGCAGUUAUACGUAGAAAUUUUCAUGUCCGAGUCGAUAACACGGAAGUAUACAUGGGUAAUUCAGCAUUGUUGAGGUGUGUUGUACCAGAGUACGUUAAACAAUAUGUCACAGUAUCGAGUUGGUAUAAAGGAGAUGAAGUUCUAUUACCUGAUUUAUCAGAUAUUGCUGGAAGGUAUGUUGUAUUAUCAUCGUCAGGAGAUUUGUACAUUCGUUCAGUACGUUCAGAAGAUGCUAUAGUUAAAUUUUCCUGCCUUACAACGAAUACGUUAAGUGGGGAGAGACAACGAAGUGAUUCAGUAUCAUUGACUUUUAAAGAGUUGGGAAAAAAUAUGGCACCACGCACAACACAAAAACCAGUAACAGAAAUAAUUGUGGAACGCGGAAAUGAUGUUCAUCUACCCUGUAAUAUACAAGGAAAUCCUUUACCAGUUUUCACAUGGUACCGAGUUUCUGAUUCAGAUGCACUAUAUCCAAUCCCAUCAUCACAACGUGUAAUUGUAUCAAGGACUCUAUUAUUAAUAAAAAACGCUGAUGAUCGUGAUACAGGAAAAUGGAUAUGCCAAGCAUCAAAUCAAUUUGGUGAACAAAGAAUUGAAAUACGUUUAAUAGUUAAUUCAUAUGUUUCUGUUCAUAUUUUGCCUCAAGUACAAAUUGUUAAUUCAGGUGGGACAGCAAUAUUUAAUUGUUCAACAACUGGUACAUCAAUUGAUGGCAUCGAAUGGUUGCAUAAUGGCAAACCAAUUACAACUGCACUAAAUAGUGGAAAUAGUGAUACAAGUGGUAGCGCAUCAGCAUCUGCAACAUCAAUUAGCCUGGAAAGAGAUAAUAUCCGAAUGCUUUCGGAAACAUCAUUGAUGGUACAGAAUGUUGGUAGAAGAGAUAAAGGAGUUUAUCAGUGCCUAGUCAAUAGUCAAAAAGCUAGUGGUCAAGCAAUGGCAGAAUUGAAAUUGGGUGAUACUGUACCGGAAUUAAUAUAUACAUUUAUUGAACAAAAUGUUCGUCCUGGACCACAUAUAUCACUUAAAUGUUCUGCAAGUGGAUCACCACCGCCUCAAUUCUCUUGGCUUUUGGAUUCUCAACCAAUAAUCGACAUUUCAAUGCAUUUAAGAGUAGCCAUUGGGCAAUUUGUUGACACAAAUGGUGAUGUAAUAAGUCACUUAAAUAUAUCGCAUGUUAGACCAGAUGAUGGCGGUUUAUAUAAAUGUAUUGCUUCAAAUACAAUGGGAAAUGUUGAGCAUUCGGCCCGCUUAAAUGUUUAUGGUCCGCCAUAUGUUAGAGCAGUUGGUCCGAUAAAAGCAGUUGCUGGAGAUGAUAUUAUAAUUCAUUGCCCAUUUUCUGGUUAUCCAAUAGAGAAAAUACGUUGGGAAAAAGGACACCAGGAAUUAACAUCAAAUGCUCAUUAUAUCGUUUCAAGUGUCCAACAAGGUGGAUAUCUUCUUGUUAAACAAGUUGAUUCGACAAGAGAUGCUGGAUUGUACACAUGUAUUGUAAAAAAUCGAAUGGGUGAAGAAGCGAGACGUGAUAUUCAAUUAACUGUUAAUAGUCCACCUGUAAUUGAACCAUUUAAAUUUCCAAAAAAUUUACAAGAGGGUGGUAGAGCUCAAAUUACUUGUGCUGUGUCGUCUGGUGAUAUGCCAAUAUAUUUUAGUUGGAAAAAAGAUGAUAUGCCAAUUCCAAUUAGUUUACAGGUUACUGAGAAAAAAGAAGAAUUUUUCUCAUUGUUAGUAUUCAAGGAUAUUAGCUCAAAGCAUAGUGGAAGAUAUACAUGUUUUGCAUCAAAUGCUGCUGCUAAGGUGAACUACACUGCAGAUCUUCAAGUAAGAGUGGCACCACGAUGGUCUUAUGAACCUAUGGAUACGGCAAUAAUGCUUGGUAAUACAAUAUCAAUAUUAUGCGAAGCUGAAGGAUAUCCACCACCGGUUGUAACAUGGUUUAAAGGUCAAGAUAAAACAUCAAAAGAUUUUCGACCAAUACCAAUGAAAAAUAAUUCAUUAAUAUUAAAUUUUGCAACACAAUCGGACGAAGGUUAUUAUAUGUGUCAGGCAACAAAUGAAAUUGGUAAUGGUUUAAAAAAGAUAAUCAGAAUAAAUGUUAAUGAACCUGCACGUUUUGAACAAUCAGCACAAAAUGUUUCAUCGCGUCGUAAUGAUCCCGUAACAUUGCAAUGUCAUGCAAAGGGCGAUGAACCUAUAACAAUAACAUGGACACAAAAUAAUGGACGUAUAGAUUUAAAUAAUUAUCGAUUUAAUAUUGCUGAAAUUAAAACUGAUAAGGGUGUUGAUUCUCAGUUAUCGAUUAGUCGUUCAGAUCGACAUGAUUCUGGUGUUUAUCGUUGUACUGCUGAAAAUCCAUAUGGUAGAUCUGAACAAGUAAUAUAUUUAGCUGUACAAGAACGUCCGGAUACACCAUCAAAUUUAGAAAUAUUUGAAAUUGGUAGUCGUAAUGUUAAAUUAUCAUGGCGUCGUCCAUUUGAUGGUAAUUCACCAGUACUUAGCUAUUUAGUACAAUAUCAACCAUUAAAAUUUUUACAAAAUCCAACAAUGUUAAUUAGCCCAAAAACUGAUUGGAAUACACAAAGUACAGUUAAUGUAUCAUUACCAUCAACUAGUAUUAGUAAAAGUUAUGACAACGAUUUAAGAGAAACAGCGAUUGUUAGUGGCCUGAGCCCAGCAACUACCUACUUAAUAAGGAUGCAAGCUAUAAAUGAAAUUGAAAGAAGUCAAUUUACGGAUGCAAUUGUUUUAAAAACUCAAGAGGAAGCACCGACCGAAGCUCCAUCAAAUGUACAAGUGCAAACUGGAGGAGAACGUGAGUUAAUUGUUACUUGGCAGAUUCCACCAAGGGAAUCAUGGAAUGGAGAACUAAUUGGUUAUACAGUUAAUUGCACUGAAGAGAAACAAAAUAUUAAUUAUAUUAGUGUUCUUAAUAAUUCUGUGAAAUCAAUUACGGUAAAUGGAUGGGCAACAUCAAAAGCAACUUUGAAAAAUUUAAGAAAAUAUACAAGAUAUGCAAUAACAGUUAGAGCAUUAAAUAGUUUUGGACCUGGACCAUGGAGUGCUGCAGUAUUUGGUACAACAUCAGAAGGAGUACCGGAAGCACCUCCACAAAAUGUUACCUGUUCAUCACAAUCAUCACAAAGUGUAAGAAUAACUUGGCAAGAGCCACCUUUACAAUAUCAUGGUGGUAUUAUUCAAGGAUAUAAAAUUUUAUAUAGGCCAAUCGUUAAAAGAAUUGAUUUCGCUUCUAAAUUGGAAAUAAAACGUACUUCAAAUUUAGAAACAACUUUACAUACAUUACAUAAGGCAACGAAUUAUUCUAUAAAGAUAUUAGCUUAUACAUCUACGGGAGAUGGUAUGGCAAGUCCAGCAUUAUUCUGUAUAACAGAUGAUGAUGUACCAGAUGCACCAGGUGCAAUAAAAGCUGCAGCUUUAACAGCAGAUUCAAUAUUAGUAUCAUGGUUACCACCACAUAAUCGUAAUGGUAUUAUAACACAUUAUACAGUGUAUAGUAGAGAAGCAGGACGUAAAGGACAACCGAAAUCUCAUAUGAUACGGGUAGAUGAAGAUGGUUAUCCGGUAACAUUUGAGGCAAGAGGUCUUGUUGAAAAUCAAAUGUAUGAAUUUUGGGUUUCUGCAUCAACAUCAGUAGGUGAGGGUGAACCAACUUCAGUGGUUUCCCAACCAACUAAUAGUCGAGCUCCAGCACGUAUAGCAUCAUUCUCUCAAACAAUAAGAAAAGCAGUCGGUUCAAUGUUAAUAUUAGAAUGUUUAGCAGUUGGUAAUCCAACACCAAGAGCAAGAUGGUUAACUAGAGAUCGUCCUGUAACAUUUAGUCCAUUUUAUGAAGUAACAACAGAAGGAAAUUUAAAAAUUCAUCGUGUCGAAAGUAGUCUCACAGGAAAUUACACAUGUUCAGCGAAUAAUCUAUUUGGUAAAGAUGAUAUAGUUUAUGAAGUGAUUGCUAUGAAAACACCCAAUCCACCCCAAAUAAUUGUUAAAUAUGCAUCAUCUGAUAGUAUACGUAUAAGUUGGGAUAUACCAAUAGAUGGUGGCGCUCCAAUACAAGGCUAUACAAUUUUUUAUAAGAUAAUGGGUGAAAAAUGGUCUCAAAUUGAAUUAACACCAGAAAAUACUGGAUAUACAAUUGGUAAUUUAAAAUGUGGUACACAAUAUAUUAUAAAAAUGUCAUCACAUAAUAUGGUCGGUGAUGGUCAACCAUGUGAAGAAAUUAAUGUAUGGACAAAAGGCAAAGUAUCUGUGGCACCUGAACAAGAUGAAUUGAUUUCAGUGAAUUCAUCGUGCUUAAAUUUAAGGUUAGCAGCAUGGAAUAAUGGUGGAUGCCCAAUAAAUCAUUUUAGUAUUGAACAUAGGCUCCUAGGUGAAGUUCGAUGGACUGUUGUCACAUCAGAUAUAUCAAAUGCCGAAGAAAAUCGUGAAAAUUUAAUGUUUUGUGAUUUUCUACCAGCUAAAUGGUAUCAAUUGAGAAUAUCAGCUAUUAAUGAUGCUGGUAAAACAACAGAACAUUAUAAUUUUGCAACAACUAGCAUUGAUGGUAUAACAAUACCACCUCCUGCUGUAUUCCCAUCUGAAAAUGAUAUUAUGAAUAAUAUGAUUAAUGUUGCACCGGAAAAUGAUUGGUUUUCGACAUUAAUUGUUGGAAUUAUAAUUAUAAUAUUUUUUCUACUUGUCGGUUUAAUAAUUAAACACCGUCGAACAUUGUGUGGACCAAUGUCUGAAGGAUAUGAAUCACGUGCACUUCCUAGUGAUUAUAAAGAAGAUCAAGAAAACCGUAGAAACCAACAAGUUUAUAGUGCUUCCCCUGUUAAAACCGUUGAUAAAGCGAAUGAGUCUGAAAUGUAUGAAAUUUCUCCAUAUGCAACAUUUAGUGUUAGUGGUGGUCGAACUGGUGCAACAGGUCAGGUUAAAACGCCCACAAGAAGUGCAGUUCCUGCUUCAACCUUAGAUUAUACGAUGCAAUUCAAAACAUUUGGUCAUCCGGAGGGUGAUAAUUUAAAUGCAACUGCUUAUCCUGUAUUACCUAGUUCUGGUUUCGGACAUGUUAAAUCCAAAUCAAGUUGGCAUAAACAACGAUAUUAUAAUACAGAUGAUGAGUCAACUUUAAGUAAAACAAUGACAAUGGUAGCUGGUAGCUCUCAAAUAUCGGGUCAUCAUAAAAAAUCAUCUCGUGAUCCAUCGAAUCAUGUAAAUCGUGUUAAAACGAAUCGUAUGAGUGAUCCUAGUCACGGAGAAUCUGAAUCCGAUACUAGUGCUAGUCCUAGCAAUGAAUUUUCAAAUAUACCUACUUAUAGAGUUCCUGUGAAAUCUUCAAGAGAAAUAUUUCGUCCAGACUCAAGUACUGAAUCAAAUAAUGACCAAUCGUCUCCAAUUGACCGACGUGGUAAUACGCCGCGACAUAUAACAUCAGAUAUGCGUUCAAAUCGGUCAAAUCGAAAUCAUCAUCAAAUGGCCGCAUUACAAAAUAAGGAUAGCCAAUCUAUGGAUUUACUUCAUCCUGGAAGUAGCAACAGUUUGGACAGUGAGGUUAAUUUGGAAACAGCAUCAACUAAUGGUGGAAGUGGUGGUGCCGGUCUCGGAUUUCGCCCUCCAUCUGGUUUUACUGAUUCCAGAGAAUUUAGUGAAGCAGAAUGUGAUAGAGAACAGCGUGCAUUGGACUUGGAAGUUCAACGUGUAAUGGAAAAUAAUGAAAGUCAUGGCCAAAAAAUGGAUAGAGAGGAAUUAACCUCACUGCUUGCAAGGUACCAUGAGAAAAAGGAACAAGAGCGUCAGGAAUAUACCAUACAUGUCUGAAAAUUAAUAAACUCGGAAAUUAAAGGAAAGGAGAUGAAAUGAAAUUAAUUUUAGAAAUGAUUGUAAAAAAAUAAACAAAAAAAAUAAUUAAAAAUAGCAAAACAAGAAUUUUGAUUAAGUUAAUCUAAAACAAAACAAUAAAUUAAAAAUUUCAACAACUGAAAAUCUUCAAAUACAAUUUAACAAGAAAAGCCAAACAAAAUCUAAAAUAUAAAAUUUAUGUAAAGCACAAGGGAAUGACUUCAUAAAAUAAAAAAAAAAUUCUAAUAAUUAUACGUAGAACUUUUUGUAAAAGAAACGCAUUUAAUUUUUUUUAAGUAAAAAUACUAAAAAAUACAAAAAAAAAAGUAAAAAUUUUUGAUAAAAUUUGUGAUAUUUUUCU